GUCGUCGCUGUCGGAUAAUAUGGUGGUUCGAUUGUGCGGUGCUGCGACAAGUGGAGAUGUUUUCUUAAUUUCUAAGUCGAAAUGUUAGAAUUUUCCAAGGUUUUCCGUCAAGUGUUUUAGUUAAGUGUCAAACGAGUGCAUUUCGCAGGCGCUAUGUCGUCGGAAAGGUAUGAGAAGAUCGGAAAUUUGCCUGAGAAAAGCGUCGUGGUCGUCGCCCCAAAAGGAGUGCAGCUCGCGCGAACCAAAUGUCGCAUCUGUCAAAAUCGAUAAAAUUUUUGGGGUGCAGUCCUUUGAGUUUUCGAUACGCCUCGCAAUGCUCGCAGAGCGCCGUGAACGGAGCAAAACAGGACAUUUUAGCAAUGCAACCGUGAAUGCGGCGUGAGAAUACUCGUUCUGCUUUGGUUGCGCAUUUUCAUUUUUUUUUCUUGGCUCGAGCCGUUCCGAUGGCCUUUUAUUGUGAGAGAAACGCACGGCCGGUGCCUGUUCUUUUUAUUUCUGACACGACGAGUGCUUUGUGUGAUUUAUUGGUGUUUUCAGUUUGAAAAAGCUUGACGAGAUUGCCCAAGUGGAUUGAAACGAGAUGUUUUCCCAUUCCAGAAUCGAGUGGGUCGAGAUAAUCGAGCCCCGGACUAAGGAGCAUAUGUAUGCCAACCUGACGACGGGCGAGUGUGUCUGGGAUCCGCCAGAGGGUGUACCAAUAAAACGUGCCGACUCGUCACAAUGGUGGGAGCUUUUCGAUACAAACACCCAACGUUUUUACUACUAUAAUGUCGCAUCACAAACAACAGUUUGGCAUCGUCCAAACAAUUGUGAUAUAAUUCCAUUGGCCAAAUUACAAACUCUCAAGCAGAACACCGAUCCAGGUGAUAAACGCGAUGGCUGCACACAAACAUCACAUUCAAAAGUACGUUUACAAAAGACGGCAUCUCGUGAUAGUCAUCAUCGGCAUCAUUCAUCGACCGGGGGACAUGCUCGCGUUCAAUCAGCCGGCGCUUCGGAUGCUAAAAGUUCAUCGGAAUUGUUAUCCAGUCCACAUGGGCGGCAUAGUUAUCGAUUGCCAUCAUCCGAUACCUCAUUAGCCGGGAAGUCUGAGACUUAUAGAUAUUGUCGACACUCACAAGGCUCGACAGCAUCUCACGGUAGUCAUAAGCACAAGGAUUCGGGAAAAUCAAGUGAUUCCAGCUUAUCCAGCGCACAUGGGUACCGUCGUUUACAUGAGGGCGGAAGUCUUCGCAUUAGUAAUACACAACAGCACAAAUCCAAGCAUUUAUCCGAUAAUAGUUAUCGUAUUCUUCAAGAGAGCUCAAGUUCACAUAACAUUCCGCAUGUUCCUUACGGUACUGCUGAAAAGCAGCAGCACUAUCCUCAUUCAAAACUGUCAUACUCAAUAUCGAAUUCAUCAGAUUUGGGUGGAUUGUCUCCCACCCAUUCAGCAAAUACACCGAUAUUAAAAAAGAAAUUAUCAUCAGAAAGUUCAAUUCAUAGUAAGCGUGAUAGUUGCGGAGGAGUAUCAAAACACCAAAGUUUCGAUUAUACAACAGGAAAUGCUGCGAUAGUUUCAUUAACACGUUCGGGGAGUUUUAUGUCAUCGCCAACUUCAUCACAUCAUCAUCAUCCCCCUUCAAGUUCGAUUCAGUCUUCAUUAUCGCCGCAACAACAGCAACAAUCACUGUCGUCUUCCCAUCGUAAGGCAAGUAUUGAUGGAAAUGGCGGCGGCAGCGAUGAUUCAAUGCAUGAGAAAUAUUUUAAAUCUGUCGAAAAUACUCCAGUAUCACGUAGACGUCAUACCACUUCCACGAAAACUAGCAAUAAAAAGCACUCUAGCGACUCGAGUCCACAAAGUCCUAUUAGUCCGCAAAAUAAUACCCACGCUAAUAAAUCUGCUCGACCGUCUGUUCUUAGUAGUUUAUCGGCACUAGAGCCACCGCCAAGUAUGUGUUACAAUAUGUCUUCUAGUCAUAAAAAUGAUCCAGAUUUUAUCAAUUUGGAUUUAACAUCGAAACCGGAAAAAUACUUGGAUAAAAUGAAAUUGGAUAAACGUUCGCCAAAUGCAAGUUGCAGCGGCGGUGGCAGUAGCGGGAGUGGAAUUCAUCACUCAUCCCAUUCACCUAUCGGUGGAAGUGGUGGCGGUAAUCUUCUAUCGUCAAUGGAUCAUCAACAAAAAAUCAAUAAUAGUAAAUCGCCCAAUACUAGCGGCGGUGUGAAGAAUUCAGCACAAAGUUCAUCGUCUAGUCAAUACCCUGCUGUAGAAAAAUACAAUGCUAGCUUAGAUCAGUUUGUAAGUAGGUCCAAUGUUGAUCGGCAUAACAAGGAAUCGAGAAAUGCAGAAAGGUCAUCAGGGAAACAUCGGAAAAAGCAUCAUACACCGUCUAGUGAUGUGGAGUACGAUAACGGCAACAUAUCACCACUUUAUAGUAAUUGGGAUCAGGAAAUGCAAGAGCAUCUUCUUCCCCUACAACAUUACAUCAUCGAGCAAGCAAAGCUGUCGGGAUGCUAUGGAUUUGGCGAUACUAUCGAUUCAGAUUCGUUUCAUUCUGAUAGUCAAUCAGAGCAUUCGUUAUCAGGACAUGAGCCUGAUAAUGAGGAUUCUGAUCACUCAGAUGGACACGGUGAUUAUUUGACACAUAGCUAUGGCUUAAUGGGUGACUAUGAAUCGAAUAUGGGCGAUGGUGUGUCAUACUACAAUUACUAUAUGGGAUACGAUCGAAAUGAUCGUGAAGAAAUUUCGGAUAAUGUGGAAGCCGUUCUUGAAAAUGAAAAAGAUACUCAAAUCUAUAGUCCUGUUCGUGGCCAUCCAUUUUACUCGCCAUCAGCUCAACCAAAGCCAAUACAACAAAUCAAAAUACCUUCCCCAGCACGUCAUAUACCCGUACCUGAUUUUCGUGAACCGCUCAAAUCAAAACAGAACGAUGAUAAUCUAAGCCAAAGCCAAAAAUCCACUACUUCAUUUCUUUCAUCGUCCAGUUUAGGUGGUAGCGGUACUGGUGCUGGUGGUGCUGCAGUUAAGGGUGGUAACGUAUCGCAAUUGGCUAUAAUGAAGGAGUGUGAUAUCGAGAAAUUCGCGCAAGACAACAUUAAUCUACAUUCAAAAGGCAUUUUCAGGAAGAAGUCAUCAUUACGAGAUAUGCUUAGUUGGACAGGAAAUGCAAUAAGUCGACCAAUGCUAGCAUUGGCUCGAGAUAAAGCUGGUAAAAAGAUGGCAACGGAACUUUUUAAACUUGUUCAAAUUUACAUGGGCGAUCGUAAAGCUCGUGCUGGCAUGAGUCUAAAUUCAGUUGCUAUCGACAUAAUCAAUACGGCCUUGGGCCAACAACAGCUUAGAGAUGAACUUUAUGUGCAAUUGUGUAGACAAACUACAGAAAAUCCAAAGAGAGAAUCGUUAAUUCGAGGCUGGGAGUUAAUGGCAAUUUGCUUAUCGUAUGUUCCACCUUCGCCAACUUUUCAACCUGCUUUGCUAAAUUAUAUGAAUCGUCAUCGCGAUCCUACAUUCGCGACGAGCUUUCCAGAUGUUGGUAAGUGGCCAAUCCACGUACAAAUAUCACAUUACGCGACUGUUUGCUGUCGUCGUUUGGAUCGAAUCGGAAACUCAAGCAAAAGACCCAUUAAAAAGCCAACAGACGACGAAAUCGAACAAGCUCGGGGUCAGAUUUUACGCGAUAGUAUGUUUGGAAAUACUCUCCAUGAAGUGAUGGAACUGCAAAAGGAUAAAUACCCGGAAAGAAAAUUGCCAUGGAUACAAGUUACUUUGUCGGAACAAGUCUUAUUGCUAAACGGAAAGCAGACUGAAGGCAUUUUCCGAGUUUCGGCUGACGUUGAUGAAGUUAAUUGUUUGAAGAGUCGAUUAGAUCGGUGGGAAGUUCCUGAACAUAAGAAUACAAUGGAUGCGCAUGCACCGGCUAGCUUACUUAAAUUGUGGUAUCGUGAAUUAUAUGAUCCACUUAUACCGGAUGAAUUGUACAGUGAGUGUGUGCAAACUGAAGAUCCCGAAGAAGCAGAUAGAAUAAUAAAUAAAUUGCCCAGCCUCAAUAAACUUGUUUUAAUGUAUCUCAUACAUUUCCUUCAACAAUUCUCCCAACCCGAUGUCGUACAAUGCACAAAAAUGGACUCAUCAAAUUUGGCUAUGGUUUUUGCUCCGAAUUGUCUUCGUUGUACUUCGGACGAUCCAAAAGUAAUUCUAGAGAAUGCUCGAAAAGAAAUGGCAUUUAUGCGAACACUUAUACAACAUAUGGACACAACAGCUGUCACAAAUCUUGUUUAGUCAUUAGAUACUAAGAUAUUAAAGUGCGGAGUGUGUUUAUAAGAAAGCACAAGGAAAUACAAAAAUAAAUUGUUAGUGACGAACUUUACGAAUCUUCCAAAAACUGGAACGCAAAACACCAUAACACAUGGAAUCUCGGUGAAAGAAAUCUCGAAAGCUUUUCGAAAUGCAAAAUGUUACUUAAGAAGAUAUACAGAAUGAAGCAAAGUUUAACAUAACACAUUACAAUUUACAAGAGAAAUAAUACAAUAUUUAAAAGAGAAACUUGUUCCAAAUUUAAUGAAUAAAAAACAAAAUAGCAUUGUUAAUUAUUAUAGCGACAGACAGAAAAAAAUAUAUUAACUUGGAAGUUUUUUAAUAGCAUGCAAUACGUAUGUAAUAUCUGAUACGUGCUCCAAUAUAUUCCACCAUCGAUAGAUAUUCUCGCGUGCAUUAAUUUAAUUUAAAUUUUAUAUUUCCAUGAAAACAUAGCAGAUACGUUUCAGGAGACAACUUCUUGAAUAAUUUUUACUCUCUAUUGUAUUUUCCACUUAUUUAAGGUAUAAACCAGGAAAUAUUAGUGUAAUGUUCUUUAAACUUCACACAAAUUGACAAUCCUAACAGAGUUUUUGUUUUUACUAGUCCUUUAUCAAUUUGCCCUGUUUCAUUUGAAUAGGCUGGUGUCGUCGGAUCGAUGCUCACUACGGACAUUUACAAGUGUCGAGGGCACUGUUUAUUUUAACAUUUGUUUUGAACGUUUUUGAAUUUUUAAAGUCUGUUAAUGGUAGCUUUUUAUUUUCUACAUAUUUCGUUGAAGUCGUUUGACAAAAAUGGGCUCCUACUUAACAAGAUCUCCUCCAGAAUUUACAAAUCGAAUUUGCACCCUUCCAUAUAUUUAUUGCUUAUAUAUCUCAUGUAUAUGUAGUUGAAUAGUUAUACCACCUUUAGUUUUGUCAUUUAUUUUCUGGAAAAUCUGCAACAAUUUAUGCAUAAUGUUUUCAUAUAUUAUGUUUUUUGUUCUGUUCUUGUAUAUUUUUUAUACGUGUAUAAUAUAUUUUAUAUAAAUAA